AAACGGCCCAUAAACGUUGUGAAAAAGCCUCUCGCUGAAACAGAAGGUCUCUGUAAGUGUCUAAUCGCGCGAUGAACUUGAUAACGGCGAUGACCGGAGCUAAAUUGCGGCCAUACAAUGCUACGAUCCACUUGCUGCACUCCACUUUGCCCUUUCACGGCGAAACAACCUUCUUUCCUUAGGAAACAGCAACGUAUUACCUCUGAUCGCUUCACCUUUCGCGGUGGUGGUGGUGGCGAUGCCGCCGCCGUCGUCUCCUCCUCCGGCCUCCGUGAUCUCGUUUUCGUCGUAAACCCUCAAGGUGCUAAUGGUAGAACAGCUAAAGAAUGGAAGAAGUUGCUUCCUCACCUUCGAUCUCGUCUUGGUAAAGACUGUAAUGUAAGUGAAUUAUUAACAUCGGGUCCUUCUCAUGCCAUUGACAUUACAAGAGAGGCUAUAAGGGAUGGUGCAGAUGCUGUCAUUGCGGUUGGAGGUGAUGGAACACUUCAUGAGGUUGUUAAUGGUUUCUUUUGGGAGGGGAAACCUGUCGGUUAUCUCAGUGGGGAAGCUAGUCGAUCGACUGCACUUGGUCUGAUUCCCUUAGGUACUGGCUCAGAUUUUGCUAGAACAUUUGGUUGGAACAAUGAUCCUUGUGAAGCAGUGGAGCGCAUUGCUAGAGGGAUGCGAUCACGGAUUGAUGUUGGUGUUAUCGACAAGGAAGGAAAGGAUUUGCAUUACUUCAUCAAUGUAGCUGAUGUUCAUUUGAGCGCAAAGGCAGGAUUUUACGCUUCAAAAUACAAGAAAUUUGGAAACUUGUGCUACGUAAUUGGUGCCCUACAAGCGUUCAUGGGCCAUCAUAACCAAGAUAUGAGAAUCAGAGUCAAUGGAGGCGAAUGGGAAAUAUAUCCCCAGGUCACUGCUCUCUGCGUUGGAAACGCAAAAUACUUUGGUGGUGGAAUGAAAAUCACACCCAACGCCAUCCCUGGAAAUGGAAAUCUUGAGGUUGUGGUUCUUCAAAACUUCAAAUGGUAUGAUUUCGUACUUAAACUUCAUAAGCUGUACAACGGGACUCAUCUUUCGGUUAACAAUGUGACUUCAAGAAGUGUACAAAGCAUCGAAGUUGAAGAGAUUACAGACAGUGGAAGUAUCUAUGUGCAGUCAGAUGGAGAACAUCUUGGAUUCCUACCUAGAAAGUUUCAGGUGUUACCCGGUGCCAUAGACAUAAUCAGCUGAUCAAAACCGCAGAUUUCUUAGGAUAAACUUGUCAAGUAAAGUGUAGAAUACUUCAACUUUAUAUUCUUCCUGUAAUAUGAUUCAUUGUUUAGCGAAUCAGAUUUAUGCUCGUGUUACUUGUGUAACUCGUUACUAUCACUAUUUAUUGUGUGGUCUCUGUUAACCACAAAUAGAUACUUUAAAACAUUUUAAAGCA